GCAUCUUUCAGCCAAUAGGAUUCGCGUUUGGAGGGAUGUGGACAAGACAGUACAGCGUCUAGAUACAUGAACUUAGAGAGACGUGAACGAGUCGAAAAGCGGAAACUGGAUUUAAAAAAUUUUUCGCGGUUUAAAUCUCAACUGGAUCAUGUCAAAAUUCAAGCUGAGUUUUAGAAGAAGCGAGCGAAGGCCAUUCAAGAACAUAGCUCAUGGCUUGAUCCCUGCAGCCAUCAUUGCCCCCAAGCCUGCAGUUCCCCGCACACCUCCCCCCCGCAGCCUUGACUCCUCACCCGAGAGACCCAGGUCUGCUCUCGCGGCUGCCGUCCUGACAUCCUCUUUAACAGGACGCUCCUUCGCCAUCCCUCCACCUCGCACUCGCUCGCACUCUGACAGUGAGUGCUCUCUAUCGCACAGCCAUGAGGGCUUCGAGCCGUACGCUACCACUGCCCUUUACACCAGAGAUCAAUGGCAUGAAUUGGAUGCAGGAAGACCUCGUUUACCUUCUCCAGGAGCCAGCGUCAAGGACGACGGCAAUGAUGAAGAUGAAGAUGAUGACGAAGAGGAGGAGGAAGAAAUGGAGGCUGAUGCUCGGAGAGAGGAAUACCACGUGUACCAGUCUGUUAAGAAAUGGAGCAGAAGUCCGAACGAACUGCAGAAGGCCUCGGUUCAGUUAAAGCCGGAUGACGACACUGACGACACCUUUGAAGUCGUCUCUCCUUUAAACACAGAAGAUGAAACCGAGGCGGACGAAGGGACGAGUGUGAAGAAGCCUCCAUUGGCGCUACAGACGAGGUCUCCAUCACACCGAAGCAUGGCAUCUCCAGAUGUGAACGAGGACUCGUGCACUCGGUCUCGGUCCAGCAGCACUCCGAAGAUGAAAACCUCAGUGGGGAAUAGGAGUCCAGCAAGAGAGAGUGAGAAAGAAGCAUUAGACGUGAACGAGUCGUAUCGCCGGGCUGUGGAGCUUCAGCAGGUGUUGGCGAAGGAGCUGAGAGAACUUCGUGAACAAAAUCACAGUCUGACCGGACAGAAGGAGGUGCUGGAGAGGACGUGCUCAGAGCAGACCCAGCAAAUCCUGCAGCUUCAACAGCAACGAGCACACUCGUCACGAGAGAGAGGACACGCCAUAGGCAACAGUUCCGAAUUGCUGAGUCUGAGGCAGCAGGCGCAGGAGCUGGUGGACGAGAACGACGGAUUAAAGAUGACGGUGCAUCGGCUGAACGUGGAGCUGAGCCGAUAUCAGGCACGAUUCAGACCGUUGACCACAGCUGAGUGUCCUCGUAACAGUGGUCUACCAGGGAAAGGGCCGGCGCCUCCAUGGCUGUUGGACAUGAAAUAUUUAUCCCCGCUCAUAUUGGCGUAUGAGGACCAGCUGAGCGAGAGGGACCAGCUCCUCAAGUCCUCCGAGGAGGAAUUCAAGAAGUUGAAAACACGCAUGGAGGAGGUGAUCGCGGAGAACCAGAAGCUUCAUGCAGAGCUCAGCAAGAGUAGCAGUGUCAGUAAUAAGGAAUGGAAGCAGUUGCAGGACCAGGCACGGUUGGUGUUGGAGGAGAAUCAAGUGCUCAUCGAACAGCUGGAACUGCAGCAUGAGAAAUCCAAAGAGACACAAAGCAAACACACACAGGAAGUGUGUAAGAUCUCGAAGCAGCUCAUGUUGCUGGAGGCCGAGAAGCAGAACCUGGAAGGCGAGUUGGAGGAGGCGCAUAAAGAGCUCUGCACGCUGAAGGUGAAGCUUCAGAAAGCUGGCUUGGCCCUGGAGAACUCGGUCAGCCGCGCUGAGCACACCACCACCACAGAGAAGCUCAAAUGGAAGCUGGAAGAAGAGGAGAAGAGGAAGUGUACGGAGGUGGAGGGGCUGCAGGAUCGCUUGGCCAAUCUGCAAGCUGAGAAAAAGACUUUUCUUUUGGAGAAAAACGACCUCAAUGCGCACAUCCAACAUCUGGAGAGCGAGCUGCAGCUGGCACGCCAAGCCAACAGAAAGGCUCAAAGGCGCAUCGAUCUUCUGAAGCAGCAGAUCGAAGAUUGUUUAGAGAAGGAGCUCGUUGCUCACCGGUACCUCACCAGCGUCGUGAUGCUCGCGGAGAAAACCACGUACGAGAGAGACCAGCUCAUACACAUGGCCUCAUGUCUGGAGAAAGACAAGCAGGGCAUCAUCACCCGCAUCUUGGAGGGCACGGUCCGCCUCGGAAAACUUCAGGAAAAGGUCAAGGUGUUCAAGAAGCAGGCGUCAGCGAGUGUGUGUGCGCUGGGCCAGCGUUUAAACGAACAGGAGAAGGACUUCGCAGGCAAAGCGGCAAGUUUCCAGCACGAGAUCCAACACCUGCAGGUUCAGCUUCGAGAUCGACAAGAACAACUCCAUGGAGCUCUGCAGCAAAAGAGAGAGGUGGAGAACGAACUGGAGGUCGUAUGGGAAGCUGCCGCCCGAGAAAACCGCCAUUUGCAGGACAUCGUAAUCGGAAAGCUUGACGUCUCGUCCAGCCCUCGUGACUCACACCCAUCUCUGGCCUGGAAGCCGCAAGAGACUCCAAACCAAGCAUGGCGUCAGAGCAGCGCCGUGUCUCCUACCUUCAUCAUAUUUCCAGAACAGAGAAUAGACUCACAACAGCAUCAUCGCAUGUUGUCCGAUGAGAACCAGAGGAACGGAUUAGACUUCUACUCCUGAAUUGAUGUCACUAAUAAAGAUCAUUUCAAACCUAAAAAUUAUUAGAUAUGCAAUAAGUGCCUUGUAAUUGAUCUUCUCACCUCCUGGUCUGAUUGUUCUAUAAUGUUCAGCCAUGCCAUUUCUUCUCCUCUUUUUCGACUCAGGAUGUCCUUGGAUGCUGGACAUUUUUCCUUCAUUUGAACAAUGAGACCUACUGCUGUUCCAGCACAAAGCCAGCUCCCUGAAGAUGCAUGAGCUGAAGUAAAUAAUCUGCUAUAGAGCUCCUAUUAAACAAUCAGCAUGAACACUGACUGCACCCCAGACCUCCUCACUCCACCUACAUCAGUAUCUGACUUUACUCACACCCUUGUAGCUGAAACAGCAGAAAUCUCCACAAAAUCUUAUGGAACAUCUUACUAGAAGAGUGGAGGUUAUUAUACGAGCAAAUGAAGACUAUACAUUUAAGAAGAAGGACAAAGCCCUGCAUGGAAGUCAUGGAAUGUUCAUGAUCAUCUGACUGAUUGGCCUUGGAGAGACUAAAACACCAAGUUUAAUGAGAAGAUUGUUCCCAGAUGAGUACAGAGUGUGGCAUCUUAAUUACAAAGAGUGUGUGAUGCUUUGCUUCAUUGCAAGGACUUGAACCAGGUAUGAGUAAAUGAAACAUCUUGAACCAGUGACAAAUAUUUUUUCCUCAAAAGAACUUAUUUUCCAUACAGAAAUCUGAUAUAUGGCCAUAUACAGUAUAAUACUUUAUAUGAUAUAGUAUGAUAUAAUGGCGAACCCUUUGCUGCUCCUGGCAAUAAAACUUUUUUUGAUUCUGAUUAAAUGAUUGUUAGUACAUGUGAAAAUAUAUAAACAUGUAGUUUUAUUGGUUUGAGACAUUUAAUUUGAUUAUAUAAUAAAGUAUUUGCACAAACGUGAAA